CAUGGGAACCAAUGGGCCAAUAGGAAUGUUAUAGGAUCAGCCCCAAUAUGGGCAGUUACCAUGGAAACCAAUGGGCCAAUAGGAAUGUUAUAGGAAGGAUCAGCCCCAAUAUGGGCAGUUACCAUGGCAACCAAUGGGCCAAUAGGAAUGUUAUAGGAUCAGCCCCAAUAUGGGCAGUUACCAUGGCAACCAAUGGGCCAAUAGGAAUGUUAUAGGAUCAGCCCCAAUAUGGGCAGUUACCAUGGGAACCAAUCGGCCAAUAGGAAUGUUAUAGGAGCAAUAGAGGAGGAUUCUUUACUGUAAGAGCAGUGAGACUAUGGGGUUCUCCUCCAGAAGAAGGUGUCAUGGGGAAAUACAAGAGAUCAGGAGGGGCCCGAUGACUUUCUUCAGUGUAAUAAUAUCACAGGAUUAUACCAUAGUGAGGAAGACAUCGGGGGAGUCCGGAGGAUGGAGCAGGGGCCCGAACCCCAUCACAGACCCUCCACCUCACUCCAUGAUACAUGAGAGGAACAACAAGAAGAUCCUAGAACUCAUCAACAAGAUGAUGGAGCUGCUGACUGGAGAGGUUCCUAUAAGGUGUCAGGAUGUGGCGGUCUAUUUCUCCAUGGAGGAGUGGGAGUAUGUAGAAGGACACAAGGAUCUGUACCAGGACAUUAUGGAGGACCCCCGGCCCCUCACAUCACCAGAAAUCACCAGUAAGAAUUCUGAGGGAAACGUCGUAUUAUUGAGCUACAAAACAGAAGAUGAAGACACCGCACAGGACUCCACAGGAGGAAAUCUUAUUCACCAUUAUACAGAUCCAUCACAUGAUCCCAGUACAGAUCCAUCACAUGAUCCCAGUACAGAUCCAUCACAUGAUCCCAGGACAGAUCCAUCGCAUGAUCCCAGGACAGAUCCAUCACAUGAUCCCAGUACAGAUCCAUCGCAUGAUCCCAGUACAGAUCCAUCUCAUGAUCCCAGUACACAUCCAUCACAUGAUCCCAGGACAGAUCCAUCGCAUGAUCCCAGUACAGAUCUAUCGCAUGAUCCCAGUACAGAUCCAUCGCAUGAUCCCAGGACAGAUCCAUCGCAUGAUCCCAGUACAGAUCUAUCGCAUGAUCCCAAUAUAGAUCUAUCGCUUGAUCCUAGUACAGAUCCAUCACAUGAUCCUAGUACAGAUCCAUCACAUGAUCCUAGUACAGAUCCAUCACAGAUUGUUACUACAAGUACAGAUCAAAAACAGGGUAAAUGGUUUCAAUGUGAUGAAUGUGGAAAACAGUUUACAAAAAGUUCAGCUCUUUUUACACAUAGUAGAAGUCACACAGGAGAGAAGCCAUAUUCAUGUUAUGAAUGUGGAAAAAGUUUUGCACGAAAAUCAGAUCUUGUUAAACAUCAGAAAAUUCACACAGGAGAGAAGCCGUAUGUGUGUACAGAAUGUGGGAAAAGUUUUGUACAAAAAUCAAAUCUCAUUGAACAUUGGAGAUGUCACACAGGGGAGAAGCCAUAUUUAUGUUCAGAAUGUGGGAAAUGCUUUACAAAGAAAUCAAGUCUUUUAGCACAUAGAAAAUGUCACACAGGAGAGAAAGGAUACUCCUGUUCAGAAUGUGGAAAGUGCUAUACAGGGAAAUCAAGCCUUGUUGAACAUCAGAGAAGUCACACAGGAGAGAAGCCAUAUUCCUGUUCAGAUUGUGGAAAAUGCUUUAUCACAAAAUCACAGCUUGUUAUACAUGAGAGAAUUCACACAGGGGAGAAUUUGUCGUGUUUAGAAUGUGGAAAGUGCUUUACAAAUAAGUCAACUCUCAAUAGACAUCAGAAAAUUCACACAGGAGAGAAGCCGUAUGUGUGUUUUGAAUGUGGAAAGAGCUUUACAAAUAAGUCAACUCUCAACAGACAUCAGAAAAUUCACACAGGAGAGAAGCCAUAUGUGUGUUCAGAAUGUGGGAAUUGUUUUACAAAUAAAUCCACUCUUAAAAACCAUGAGAAAAUUCACUCAGGGUAGAAGCCGUAUUCAUGUUCAGAGUGUGGAAAAUGUUUUACACGUCAAUGAAGUUGCAUUAUACAUGAGAGAAUUCACAGAGGGGAGAAGCCAUAUUCAUGUUUAGAAUGUGGGAAAUGCUUUACAAAUAAAUCUAAUCUUGUUGCACAUAGAAAAUGUCACACAGGAGAGAAGCCUUAUUCAUGUCCAGAAUGUGGAAAAUGCUAUAUAGAGAAAUCCUGCUUUGUUAUACAUCAAAGAAUUCACACAGGAUAGAAGCCAUAUUCCUGUUCACUCUGUGAGCAAUGCUUUUAAAAUAAAUCAAGGCUUGUUGCACAUGGAAAACGUCACAAAGUAGAGAAGCCGUAUUCUUGUUCAGAAUGUGGAAAGUGCUUUACAAAAAAAUCCACUCUUAAAACACAUGAGAAAUUUCACACAGGGGAGAAGCCAUAUUCAUGUUCAGAAUGUGAGAAAUGCUUUAGAGGGAAAGCAAGUUGUGUGAAACAUCAGAGAAGUCACACAGGAGAGAAGCCAUAUUCAUGUUUAGAGUGUGGGAAAUGCUUUACACAUCAAUUAAGUUGUGUUAUACAUGAGAGAAUUCACAAAAGGGAGAAGCCAUUCUCCUGUCCAGAAUGUGGGAAAUGCUUUACAGAUAAAUCAAAUCUUGUUUCACAUAGAAAAAGUCACAAGGGAGAGAAGCCGUAUUCAUGUUCAGAAUGUGGAAAGCGCUAUACAGAGAAAUCAAGCCUUGUUAAACAUCAGAGAAUUCACACAGGAGAAAAUCAAGAUUGAUGAUCAGAAUGUGAGAAAUGUUGUUUUAUAGGUAAAAUGAUAUAUUUUGACAUUACACAGAAGAGAAGCUUUAUUCAAUGUGGAAAGUGCUUUACAGAUAAAUUAAGUCUUGUAAAACAUCAGAGAAUUCACGCAGCAGAGAAAUCGUAUUCAGGCUCGAAAUGUGUGAAAUGUUUUUUCAGAAAAAAAAAAGGUUUUGGUAUAUAUGAGAGGAGUAACAUGGAAGGAGCCAUUUUCAUGUUCAGAAUGUGGGAAAUGUUAAAUGUACAGAAUGUGGGAAAUUAGUAAAGCUAAACUUUUUAUUUCUAAAGAAUUCACAGAGAAUAAACCAUCUUCACGUUGGGAAUUGUGGGGGAUGUUAUAAUA